AUGAAUUUGAAGGCUGUGAAAUGGCAGAUCGUUCAUGGGGUAUUGGCCAGGCGUGUUGUUGUUCGAAUUUUCUUUCUCGCAUUGGCUGUUUCGACUGUUCCUUUGUUGCAUAUUUUGACCGGUGCUGAUUUCGGAGUGAUCCCAUCGGUGAUCUUUCGCGAUUGUGCUGUGAAGUCUGGUUAUGUAGAAGCGAAAGAUUCUCGAGGAUCGUAUUUGUUUCAAGGUCAUUUUCUGAAUCCAAUUUGGGUGCCAUUUGCGGCGAUGCACUGUGAGGACUCUAUGAAUCUGACGACUAAUGUCGUUGCUGAGUUAAUGGAGAAGAAACUAUUGAAUCAUACUGCUAAAUGUCUGUGCGUUGGAGAGGGAUCGGGAUCUGCCGUUUUGGCACUGAGGGACAUAGGAUUCAGUGAUGUUAUUGGCGUUGGUCAACACCGAUUUUUCUCUUUAAGGAGAAAACAACUCGUUUACGAAUUGGACUUUAAGGAUGGAUCCUUUGAUUUCGUUUUCUCUAGAGAUCUAGACAGAUAUUCAGUCCCUGCACUUCUGGUUCUCGAGAUCGAGCGUGUGCUUAGACCUGGCGGAAUUGGGGCUGUUAUUGUGGCCACGAGUGGUUCAAUGCCGAACAAUUUGAUUAGAGCUGCAACCCCAGUGUCAUCUUUGCUGAAAACUUCCACUGUGAUGCAUGUUGGCCAUGUUAAUAACUUAACUCUGGUUGUAUUUAAAAAGAAACUCGAAGAAUUUCGCCAUUUGGAGCCUCACAUAUCGUCUGAAUGUCGCUCUCUCACGAGGAACAAGCCUUUAAUUCCAAAAAUAGAACCUUUUGUGAAGGGAAAACCUGUGGAAUUCGACAAAAAACUGUCAUAUUUACCGAAGCUUGUCGAUGUUUCCAAUGGGGAAAAGUUGGUAUAUGUUAAUAUUGGUCCAGGGAAACGCAUGAAUCACACAAACACGGAUUGGUUUCCACCUUCCUAUCCUGUGGAUCGCAGAGAUUUUAAUGUUUAUUUUGUUGAUCAUGACAUGUCUGCUCUCGCCACCUAUAUCCAUAACCCUGGAGUCACGUUUGUUUAUCAUCCUGGCCUAGCAGGAACUGAUCAGACUACAGAAAACGACGGUGCUGCUGAUGAUGAAGAUGAAGAACCUUACAUCGACGACGAGUUUGAUUUUCUGUCUUGGUUCAAGGAAACUGUGCAGCAUUCCGAUUUCGUCGUCUUGAAGAUGGACGCAGGGAAGGAAGAAUUGAAGUUUCUGUCAGAUUUGUUUGAAAGUGGGGUUAUUUGCUGGGUGGACGAGGUGUUUCUGAGCUGCAGAGAUGAGGUUGAUGAAGAAGAUGGUGAGCUGAAGAACAGAGGCUGUGUUGAUCUGUACAAGGAUUUGAGAAACAGUGGUGUUUAUGUCCAUCAAUGGUUUCUUGAUGCUGCUCCAUCCAAGAAAAUCUGA